GAAUGUAUGAGUGGUAAGGUAUCGGGUAUUGGUCUGCGGGUAGGAGCAAGUAAAUAGGUCCUGCUGACUUAGACGCAGCUCAUCAUUUUCCUUCCAUGGCAGUCUAAUACUGAGACUAGUCCAGAUGUGUCGCUCCGGAACCGAGCCGAAGGGUCGCGGGGUUCGGGGUUAGGGGCAAACUCACCCGGCUGGAGCCGGAUUGGAUGCCGGUGGAGCACUAAAAUUACCGUUCGGCAUCUAGUAUUCAGAGUCUACAAACACCUUCAUUCCCUUCCUGCUUUUACCUUGGCCCGCGUUGUUCUCCUAUUCCUACAACCAAAUUCACACUCUACAACUGUGCACGACAUGGCCUUGCUACAAAAUCUCCUGGAGGACAUCACCUCCCAGGGUCGUAUCCUCCAAGAGACUCUCGGUAACGACACCGGACACCUCUUCGAGCCAAGGCCGUGGAAGACGUACGAUGAAGAGCUUCCGCCGAGACGGGCCUGGGAGGCCUCGCAGAAAAUCAUCGCAGACUGCGAGGAGCUGAUUGCGCUCCUGACCCCAACAAAGGUCAAGCUCGUCACUGAGUGUGUCGCCAACAACAGCACAGUAGGACUCGGGGUUGCGGCGGACUUCAAGAUUGCGGACAAGAUAAUCGAGAACGGUGGGGAGGCAACCCUGGCGCACCUCGCGCGCGCUUGCAACACGGAUGAGCACAAACUCGGUUCCGUGAUGCACAUGCUCUGCCACCGUCAUAUAUUCGUCGAGGUUGCUCCCGAUGUGUUCCGCAACAACCGACACAGCUACGAGCUUCGGUCCAGUACUGGAGCAGCGGAGAUGAUGUUGGUCGAGACCGAGGAGGGUUACAAGUCCGGUCUCGGCUGGUUGCCCACGAUGAAAUCCCCCGAGAGAAUGCACGAGAUCGAUCCCGCCAAGGGAGCGUUUGCACAGGCAUUUGGUGUCGACAUGGGCGUACUACCGUGGCUUGGUACGCCAGAGGGUGCCGACCUGGGGCGCAAAUUCUCCAUUGGUGUUCCUUGGCUGUCGAGCAUCACGGUCGUGGCCACGCGGACGGAUCUGCCCUGGGACGCAUACGGGACGACUGUGUGUGAUGUUGGCUGCGGUCCCGGUAGUGUGAUGUUGGAAGUCAAGAAAACACACCCGCACUUGAAGAUUAUCUGCCAGGAUCUCGAGCCUAUGAUUCCGGUCAUCAAGGAGACUUUUAAUGGAUACGAGAAGAGCAUAGAAAGCGGUGAAAUAGACAUACAAGUCCACGACUACUUCACCCCCCAGGAGACAGUGGCAGAUGUCUAUUGGCUUCGAGGCGUUGUGAGAGAUUACGAAGACGACAUCGCGGUCAAGAUCCUGGCGCAGCUCAUACCUGCGCUACGAAAAAACCCCAAGGCAAAAGUCCUCGUCAACGAGCUCAUCGUUCCAACCCUCAUAACAUCAUCUGCCUCGACAGACGCUCCAGCCUCGCGACGUCUUCCUGCCGCACAGUCGGGAUACCCAACCACCUGCCACAUGAUGUCGUUGAGCACAAUGGCACUCAUGGGCGGCAAGGAGAGGACAUUUGGGGAUAUUGUCAAGAUCGGGUUACGUGCGGGUCUGAAGUUUUCGAGAUUCCAUCAGUUUAGGAUGUUUACGGGCACGGUCGAGUUUGAGCUGGCACCAGAUAGCCAGAGACCCUCCAGGCUCUAAUUAGUCUAGGAGUCCUGUAUCCAGCCGCAUCUUUCUGUCUGGGAUCAGGAAUCUUCCGCGGUCGCAGUUAGUGGCAAUAUCUCGAGACCUAUCUAGUGAACGACACGCUCGACUGGGUCUGUCAUGUAGCCAGAAAC